CUGACCGGGUUCCAGGUCCUGUCCCGGGUCUUCCUCACCUGGGCCGUCACCCACAGCGUCAGAGAGGUGCAGAGCGAGGACAGCGUGCUGCUGUUCGUCACGGCCUGGACCGUGACCGAGAUCAUCCGCUACUCCUUCUACACCUUCAGCCUCCUCAAUCACCUGCCCUUCCUCAUCAAGUGGGCCAGGUACACGUUCUUCAUCGUGCUGUACCCGAUGGGCGUGAGCGGCGAGCUGCUGACCAUCUACGCGGCGCUGCCCCACGUCCAGAAGACCGGGCUGUUCUCCAUCAGCCUGCCCAACAAGUACAACUUCUCCUUCGACUACCACGCCUUCCUCAUCCUGGUCAUGGUCUCCUACACCCCCCGGAUUGUGCCGUCCUCGGUGGUCCUGACCGGGUUCCAGGUCCUGUCCCGGGUCUUCCUCACCUGGGCCGUGACCCACAGCGUCAGAGAGGUGCAGAGCGAGGACAGCGUGCUGCUGUUCGUCACGGCCUGGACCGUGACCGAGAUCAUCCGCUACUCCUUCUACACCUUCAGCCUCCUCAACCACCUGCCCUUCCUCAUCAAGUGGGCCAGGUACACCUUCUUCAUCGUUCUGUACCCGAUGGGCGUGAGCGGCGAGCUGCUGACCAUCUACGCGGCGCUGCCCCACGUCCAGAAGACCGGGCUGUUCUCCAUCAGCCUGCCCAACAAGUACAACUUCUCCUUCGACUACCACGCCUUCCUCAUCCUGGUCAUGGUCUCCUACAUACCCCUCUUUCCGCAGCUCUACUUCCACAUGAUCCGGCAGAGGAAGAAGGUUCUGGGCCCCAUAGAGGACUACAGCAAAGUGGAGUGA